CCGAACUAGGGCAAUCCCAAUAUUGAAUUACGAAAACCUAAUCCCAAUUCCUUCCCCCCAAAUUGAAAAGAUCCCCGCACAAACUAAGGCACAAUGGAGAUUGCGUCAGACUCCCAUGGGAAUAAUGGCUUUCCUGUGCGUAAUAAGAGGGUAUCCUUAGAUAUAAAGGGAAAUAGAACGGACAUCCUGAUGUGCACUUACGAUGAUUAUAUUCUGGUCAUGGUUACACAGAUAGGAUGCAUGGGUACCAUAGUGCAUGCCAGGAAAGAAGCUGAUGUAACUGUAGACCCCACUUUCAACGUUUCUGUAGUGUUUGGUAAAAGAGAUGAGCCUCUUCUGAUCGCAUGUGCACGUCAACUCAUUGAACAUAUAAGUUCUUGCGGUUCAUCUAAGCCAUUGGUAUUGUCUCUUGGUUUAAAGGACCACUCGCCGGGAGUUCUGAAAGAUGUGAUUGCUGCUGUCAUCGAGCAUCGUGCUUGGUAGAAUUGCUGCAUCAAAAGCCAUUGCGUUACAUACGUAUCACACCAUACAAGGCGAGCUUUUUAUUUUAGCGGUACACAGCUUCUUCUUGUAUCACAUCGCACCGAGUUCCACAAAAAGAACUUGUAAAAGCUAGUAUUGAGACUAUUUGGAUGAGGCAUUUUGUCUGAACAGGACAUCAAAUCUGAUUUUGUAGUAGUUGUAUCUGUCAUAGAAAGCCUAGCACUUGGUUUUGUUUCUUCCCUGAGCUCCAACGAAGCCCGCCAUUGUAUUUGCUGAAAAUUGUCCCUACGUAACUUUCUAUGAACUGUAUUGAAGGAGCGUUCAAGUGAAUGUAUUAUGUAAUCUACAGUAUCUCAUUCCAAGGUAGCUUCAUCCUAAAAUAAAUUUCUCCUU